GCUUCUGCGCUGGGGCCGCCUUUCUCCGGCGAUGGAAAAAACAAUUUCCCUUUCCCACAAGCUUGGGCGGAACGAUCCAUCGCGGGCUCCUCUCAGCCCCACCUGCUAUUCUUUCUCUGGGGAGGCAGGUCAGAUCCGGGUCUUUUAGCUCCAUAAUGAGGAUCUCAAGCAGGGGAUGCACAGGCCCGUCCCCUGCAAACCCCCUCUUGGACUCUGACCAAAAGAUGCUUGGCCAAAAUCAGGAACUGCCCUUCCUUUACAGCCGCCGAGGGAGGCCGAGAAAGGACAGAGUGAAAGGAGCCCUCUGCCCCCUGGCCACUCAGCCCGACCGCCUCUCCACUGGGCACGGCUUUCCCGGCUUUCCCGGCAAGGACCGUGAACAUGGCUGCGAUUCCCGAGCUGGAGGCGGGCUCUCCCGGGCCCUGGGCACACAGCUCUGGCUUCCAGGAGAUUCCCCCACCACCGAGCUGCGGAAGAGCCUGGGGCCUAUUUUGACUUUGUUUUCCGGACAGAAUUCUCCAUCCACACCUGCAUUCCCCUAAACCCUCCCAGUGGUCCGUAACCCCCCUCCUCACUGUGUGCACCAGGUUUGGCUUUUUAUGAAGAGCCAGAGCGACAAUCCCAAUGCUUUGUCCUGUCUUUGCUGUUUCACUGAAGAGAAACUGCAUCCACUUUCUAGCAAAGGGGGACGCUGGUACAGAACCUAGGCGUUGCAGAGACUGGGGGAAAAGCGAAUGCACCAAGUCAAUUCAAGUGGAAGCGAUUAUUGAUCCCGACUCUACUGAGCCGAAGGACUGUGGGUGGACGCUGGAAUUGCCUCUGUCUUCCUGUCAAACAGGUGCCACAAAAGACAUGCUUGUGGACAGCAUGAAUGCCCCCAGGAUGGAUGGGCAAGCUGAGCUGGAGAGAGCGGAUCCUGGGCUGCAGAUUCCCAUCCUCAUCCAGAGACAAGCUCCACCUCAGAAAAGCUUUCGAGAGACAGCAAAGGCCAGUCUGAGGAAGAAAUGCUCGCUGACCCCGACCGCACUGAAGGAUGCCAUCCUGGGGUUCUUCCCUGUGAUAGGCUGGCUUCCCAAGUACCGCUUCAGAGAAUACAUCGUGGGUGACAUUAUGUCUGGCCUUGUCAUUGGGGUCAUCUUGGUUCCCCAAGCCAUCGCCUAUUCUCUGCUCGCAGGGCUAAAACCUAUCUACAGCCUCUACACAUCCUUCUUCUCCAACAUCAUCUACUUCCUAAUGGGCACCUCCAGGCACGUGUCCGUGGGCAUCUUUAGCCUGCUCUGCCUCAUGGUGGGGCAGGUGGUAGACAGAGAACUACAGCUGGCUGGGUUUGACCUGAAUGAAGACGCCGCCGCAGCCAGAAGGAACGAUAGCAAUGAGACCUUCCCAGCUUCCGAGCUACCUUUGGGGGGCCUGAGUCCAGAAUGCGGGAAGGAAUGUUACGCGAUCAGCAUUGCUACAGCCUUGACUUUCCUGGCAGGGGUCUAUCAGGUGCUCAUGGGACUUUUUCGGCUUGGCUUUGUCUCCACGUACCUCUCCCAGCCUCUUCUGGAUGGAUUUGCAACGGGGGCUUCCUUGACCAUCCUAACCUCCCAAGUCAAGUACCUCUUUGGAAUAAAGAUCCCCCGUUACCAGGGCUAUGGCAUGUUCCUCGCCACGUGGGUGAAUAUGAUCCGAAACAUCACCCAGGCGAACGUCUGCGACGUCCUCACCAGUGCCGUCUGCCUGACAGUGCUGAUCACCGCCAAGGAGCUAACGGAGAGGUACAAGAAGAAGCUGAGGGUUCCCCUCCCGACAGAGCUGGUGGUCAUCGUCACCGCCACGCUGGUGUCCCACUUUGGGAAGCUCCACGAGCGCUACGGGUCCAGCAUCUCUGGGGACAUCCCCACGGGCUUCAUCCCGCCCCAGGCACCCAGCUUUGGGCUGAUGCACCGCGUGGCCUUAGAUGCGGUUCCCAUAGCGGUCAUCGGCUUUGCUUUCACGGUCUCACUGUCAGAGAUGUUCGCCAAAAACUACGGCUACACUAUCAGGGCCAACCAAGAGAUGUUUGCCGUGGGCUUCUGCAACAUAAUUCCCUCCUUCUUUCACUCCUACACCACCAGCGCGGCCCUGAGUAAGACCUUGGUCAAGACCUCCACGGGGUGCCACACCCAAGUGUCCAGCGUGGUCAGCGCCGCCGUGGUGCUCUUGGUGCUCCUGUUCCUGGCCCCACUGUUCUACUCCUUGCAGAAGUGCGUCCUGGCCUGCAUCAUCAUCGUCAGCCUGAAGGGGGCCCUGUGGAAGUUCAGAGACGUGCCCAGGCAGUACCGGGUCAACAAGACGGACGCCCUGAUAUGGUGCGUCACCAUGGCCUCCUGUGCCCUCAUCAGCAUAGAAAUCGGGCUCCUGGUCGGGGUCCUCUUCUCCGUGCUCUGUGUGGUGGGCCGCACGCAGCAUCCCCACGUGGCCUUGCUCGGCCAAAUCGAGAGCACCGUUUUUUACGAGGACAACAGAAAAUACGAAAACCUUCUUCCCGUCCCCAAGAUCAGGAUAUUUCGCUUUGAGGCCCCCCUUUACUAUGCAAACAAGGAUUUCUUCCUAAAAUCCCUCUACAAGAUGACGGGCCUCGACCCCACACUGGAAGCAGCAAAGAGGAAAAAGUGCAAAAGGGGGAAGGUGCCCACGGAUGGGGGAGACGCAGGAAAAGGGGCUCUUGGCGAACUGGGCCAAGCCGACCCCUCCUGUCACUUGGUCCCGAAGCAAGGCGAGUUUCACACCAUCAUCAUUGACUGCUCCUCGGUGCUGUUCCUAGACACUGCCGGCAUCAGCACGCUUAAAAAUGUGUGGAAAGAUUACAAGGCCGUGAACGUUGCGAUCCUCCUUGCGGGCUGCAACCCGUCGGUGACCGAGUCUCUGAGGAGAGGGGGCUACUUUGGCAACGACGACACAAGCGUGAAGGAGUUACUCUUCUACAACGUGCAUGGGGCAGUCCAGUUUGUGCGCUCCAGGGAGCAGGUGGUGGACUCCACCCUCUAGGGCUCAAUCUCCCGACAGCCCUUCGGACCCCAACUCCCCACCCACCACCCUGAGCCAACUCCUACAGAGCCUGAGGGCUGGGGGCAAAGGCAGCCUGGGAUCCCUGCUUCUGCAGUGAACACUGGCAAAGGUUCCCAGCCCAAGCUGGGGAGCCCUGUACUGGCUCUUUCUUAGCCUCAACCUCCUGCUGUUAAAUGUGGGAUUGAACUGGAUCAUUUCCAUGAUCCUUUCUAGCUCUCAAUCCAUGGUUGUAGAAAAGUUGCUUUUAGGGGGGAAAUAUUCUGAUCAUUAUUGGACAUCUGCUUUCUCUUAUCUAAAAAGAGAGAGCAUGGCCUGAGGUCUGUCAGCUGGGGAUUUCCCUCGUGGGGUAGAGACACCAAGAAAGAAGAGGUGUGAAGGUCUGAAAAACUGUUCCUGUGUCUGCAGAAAGACACCACACCCAAGUGCAUCUUACAGUCAGACUCUGCAUCUGCACACGGCACUGUCUGUCCUGGGCCACCUCGAGCCCAGGUCUCUGAACACAAUAGGUGCUUAAUAAAUGCUUGUUGAACGAAUGAACGGAUGAUGGAUUUUCAGCUUAGGUUGGACUAGAAAGAGUUGCUUCAGCAAUCUGGUGAUUCUAUGAACCCCACAAAGUAGUUAUCUGUGUGUUUCUAUAGUGAGUCUCCUUGUCUUGGGGAGAGCAGGGAGGAAUAGCCAAUGAGCAAGUUCAACAAGACAAGCACUUCCUCUCCCCGCACUGUGCGCCCACACACUCGUAGACUGCUAAAACCUCCUCAGAGACAACCCGUGCCCUUCCCUCUCUCCCACAUCCCCGUAGGUGACACCCUCAUACAGGCAGCCCCACUCUUCCUGUCACAACACCCCCACCCUCUCCACACACUUUUGUGGCUGUCCUGGCACUGGGGAGACAGGAAUGAGGGCUGAACUUUUAAGUCCAAAGAUCUGAGUUCAAAUUCUGAUUCUGGUACUAUGUGGCAAUCUGGGACACCCUGCUUUGACUCUCUGGGCACUGGUUUUUGACCUGGAUAAUGGGGCUCACACAGGCCACCUCACGAGAUGUCCGAAAAGUGCUCCCUACACCUUAAACUGCUGCUGUGGUGGUUGUCUCUCACUGUGAUCACGGAGGCCUCGGGCUAAAGUCUAUGGAUCCAAUUAAACUUUCCCUGUUGGCUUCUCAUGAAGGAAUGGGGCUUAAAGAAUAAAAUCUGAAGGAAAGCUACAA